AUGCUGGCCAUCGGAGAGAAAGUGAGUGGAAUGAAUGGCUGGGGUAGUGCAAAGCUAGACAGUGUUGGGAGGAACAAAAUGUUCAUGGUGCUGACCAUCAUGAGGAUUUCUGGCUUUGGGGUCGUGUUCACUGAUGCUGACAACAUGUUUCGUGGUGAUCCCUUUGCACAAGGUGUGCAUUUGGGAGACUUGAUCCGGAGCGGCAAGUAUGACUACAUCUACCAAGAGGAGCUGUCGAAAGCUCCUGACAAAGGUCAUGUUGUACCCGGCGACGGUGGCAACACAGGCUUCUUCUAUGCGACGCCGCGCAACAACAAGAAGAUGAUCUCCUUGUUUGCUGACGUUGUGGCGGAGGUUGACCGCCAGCGAGAGGAUGCUUUCCGACGCUAUGGAGAGCGAUUGGGUGCAGAUCAACCCAUCUUCUGGCAGGUCAUGCAGAAGCUGCGGAGUACAGGCGGAAAAGUUGGGCCGGGCAACUUCAAAUGCGUCCAGCUCUGUGGCAAUAGAGCCACGUGUGAUGCAUCAGAAGAAGACACCAUGAAGUACUGCUCCAUGGAUCCCUUUAUGCAUCCCACAGGGUGGGAAACUCCUCCAGAGGAGCGAGUGACGUACCAUGCCAACUAUGCUGCCAAUGAGGAAAAGAUUGGCAAGUUGAAAAAGGCGGGUGUUUGGGACGCAUGGUCUUCGAAAACCAACCUGUGCAAAGAUCGUGGGUCCUCUGACGCCACCCGAAGCACGAAUGCCGAGGGCACACAGGUCCCUGCCACAGUCGUGACUGAUGCUGGCCCUGCAUCAAAAGAGAUGGAACCCGUGCUGCGUUGCCUCCGACAGACAACCCCCAACUUGAAGACAUUGAUCUACCCAACCGAUGCAGAAACGCACUUCGAGGAGCUUCGACAGGUGCUCAGUCCAUGGUUUGAUUACGCUGCAAAGAAGUUCAUGGCUGACAUGAAGAAUCCAUACCAUUGUGGAGAAGGCUAUUGCGGCCCGUGGAUCGAAAACCGCUGGAUUAAACGCUUCCUUGGAGGCUGGGAGAAUCGCAGCUCCCAAGUUCGCUUAGCCGACAUCUUUGGGCCCUUCAUUCCCAUCUUCAUGACCUAUGUCGAUUUGUGGGUUGCCAAUGUUUUCGAAUAUGAAAACAUGAUUGCUGCAUUGCGACAGGCUCUAAGGCCCAAUGUUGCCUACAUCACGGUUGUGCAGCAUGAUACCGGCCUGGUGUCAAGCCGAGAGAAAAUCAUCAAGAUCAUGAAGGAGAUUCCAAACGUCCUUGUGUUAAGCGCUGGUGGAUAUGGGCACGUGCCUAUCCCGCUCUUCAAGCAACCCGAGGAUUUGCUGGGGAAGCGCUUUUUCAAGGAGAUGAGUCAGCGAAGCCUGCUGACAUCCUACAUGGGCUCCGACCACAAUGCACCGCAGGAGAUGAGAAAGAAAAUGAUCAAGGUGGUCAAUGAUGAGGCCAAGACGCUUGGAGUCAAGGUUCAUACUGGCUUCGGCAGUGCAGACGAGUGGCACAAGGUGGCAGGCAAUUCCAAGGUGAGCCUUUGUCCCCGUGGCUACGGCCGAACUGCCUUUCACCUUUUCGAAAUUUUGCAGCUGGGGCUGAUUCCUGUGCACGUGUAUUUGGAUAUUCCCUGGGUGCCGUAUGCAGAUCUCUACAGCUCCAUCGGCUUUAGCACAGACGUCCAGGGUUUGCCAGCUCUCAUGAAGCAGAUCAAUGAUAUGGAUCCCAAAGAUUUGGAACGCAUGGAGGAGUGGCCUUUCAGGUCCAGCCAUUUUACAGAUGAAGGCUUGCUUGACCAGAUUUCGCUUUUUAUGAAGGGCGGAAGUGAUUUGAGAUGCCAGAAAGUGCCUGCAACGAUGAACGGAUGA